AUGCUCGUUUGGCCGACCAGCCCACGCAUAGCUGUUGUAAGUUUAUUGAGACAAAUCGUGAGAAUGACGCACACAAAUCGUCUUGCCAACGAGAAAUCCCCGUAUUUAUUGCAGCACAAGAACAACCCCAUUGAUUGGUAUCCCUGGGGUCAAGAAGCGUUUGAAGCGGCUCGAGAACGAAAUGUGCCAAUUUUUCUUUCAGUUGGAUAUUCAACUUGUCAUUGGUGUCAUGUAAUGGAAAAAGAAUCUUUCGAGAACGUACACAUCGCCAAGUUCCUUAACGAGCAUUUUGUAUCAAUCAAGGUGGAUCGUGAGGAACGACCCGAUGUCGACAAGAUGUACAUGAACUUUAUUCAGGCUACAACAGGUGGCGGUGGAUGGCCGAUGUCUGUCUUCCUGACUCCAUCGCUCGCUCCAUUUGUCGGCGGAACAUACUUCCCACCGAGCGGCUCUCCUUUUCGACCCGGAUUUUCCGAUUUGUUGAUGACAAUCACGAAAGCGUGGAUGGAUGACAAAGAAAGUAUCACUGCUCAAGGAGAACAAAUUGUUCGGGAGUUAUCAAAAUCGCUGCUGGAAGUGAAAAAAUCUAGCGAGACGCCAAUGCCCAAUGAGAUGAUCGAAUCGACGUAUCAAUAUUUGUUAAAACGAUUCGAUAAAAAGCGAGGCGGUUUCGGUGGGGCUCCAAAAUUUCCAAAACCUGUUGACAUCGACUUUCUUAUUUACCUUGCUGCAAAAUAUCGAAACGAGGACAAUUACAAUAAAGCAAGCGAAAUGGUCGAUAAAACGUUAACAGCAAUGGACCGUGGAGGAAUUCAUGACCACAUUGGAAAAGGUUUUCACCGUUAUUCGGUGGAUGCAGAGUGGCAUGUGCCACAUUUUGAGAAAAUGUUGUAUGAUCAGGGUCAACUUUUGGCAACAUAUUCGGAAUGGCACCAAUUGACAGGUCGAUGUGGGCAUGUUGUAAAGGAUAUUAUUGAAUACGUCGAAACAAAUCUGACACAUGAGACCGGCGGCUUCUACAGUGCUGAAGACGCGGAUUCUUAUCCGACUGAAGGAGCGACUCAUAAAAAAGAAGGUGCUUUUUGUGUGUGGACACUAACCGAAAUUGAAGAAGUGCUGAAAAAUUGGAAAGCCGGAGAACACUCACUUGCAGAUGUGAUUCGAAUGUACUACGGAGUGGAGGAAAAUGGGAAUGUAUCGACGGAUUCGGAUCCCCACGGAGAAUUGACUGGGCAAAAUGUGCUAAUUUGCCGUCAAACCGAUGCUCAAGUUGCCGAAGCAUUUGGACUCAACGAUGGUGAACUGAAAGCAGCUAUUUCUGAGGCUAAGGCCUUUCUCUCAUCACGGCGAAGUCUCAGACCGAAGCCACAUUUGGACUCUAAGAUUGUCACUUGUUGGCAAGGACUAAUGAUAAGCGGGUUGAGUAAAGCCUACAUCGCAAUGAAAGAUGAGACGAUUCUGGAAAAAGCCAUCAAAAAUAUCGACUUCAUUAAGAAGAAUCUCGUGGAUGAAAAGGGCGAUCUUCGAAGAGCCGUCUACACUGGAGAAAAUUCACAAAUUGAACAAUUGGCUAUUCCAAGCCUCGCUUUCUCUGAUGAUUAUGCUUUUCUGAUUCAAGGUUUACUCGACCUUUAUGCUGUGACACUUGAGCCAAAACAUUUACAAUGGGCUGUUGAUUUGCAAAAACGGUUGGAUGAUCAGUAUUGGGAUAUGGAAAAUGGCGGAUAUUUUGUUGGUUCAAGCGCAUCGAAAGAUGGGCCGGCAAUGCGAGUGAUUGAAGAUAACGAUGGAGCUGAACCUUGCGGCAGUUCGGUUUCCCUAUGCAAUUUGACAAGACUCUAUGAACUCACCGAAGACUCCAAGUAUAAAACCCAGGCCGAGAAGAUUGUUGAACGAUUUGCUACCAGAUUGAAGAAGUACUCGUUUUCUCUCUCAAAAAGCAUUGCUGCUUAUCAACGUCUAUCGAAUCAAGAAAGUGUGAAAAUUGUGAUAGUCGGUCCUAUUGAUGAUCCACGGACAAAAACGUUCAUCGAUUACAUUCACGGAAUUCAUAUCAUUAAUCAAUCUGUUGUUCAUUUAGAUCCAAAAGAAAAAGAUACAUGGCUUGAAACUGUUUGCCCUCGUUAUUCGGACUACAAGAAAUCCUAUGACAAGCCGGCUGUUCAUAUAUGUAAAGGUACUUCUUGUUUAAAACCGGUGAUUUCUGGGGAAGAAUUGAAGAUCGAAUUGGACAAAUUGAUUAGCAAAGUCUCUCUGGAUGAA